AGUGUUUAAGAAAGCCAGUCCCAAUGGAAAGCUCACCGUCUAUCUGGGGAAGAGAGACUUUGUGGACCACGUGGACCUGGUGGAACCUGUCGACGGCGUCGUUCUGAUCGACCCAGAAUACCUGAAGGAGAGGAAAGUGUUCGUCACGCUGACCUGCGCCUUCCGUUACGGUCGUGAGGAUCUGGACGUCCUCGGGUUGACGUUUCGGAAGGAUCUGUUUGUGGCGAACAUCCAGGCGUUUCCUCCGCUGCCCGAAGAGAAGAAGAGUCUGACUCGCCUUCAGGAGCGCCUCAUUAAGAAACUGGGAGAACACGCCUACCCGUUCACCUUCGAGAUUCCUCUGAACCUGCCGUGUUCGGUCACGCUGCAGCCGGGACCAGAGGACACCGGGAAGGCCUGCGGCGUCGACUUCGAGGUGAAAGCUUUCUGCGCAGAAAACGUUGAAGAAAAGAUCCACAAAAGGAACUCGGUGCGUCUGGUGAUCAGGAAGGUUCAAUAUGCUCCAGAGAAACCAGGUCCUCAGCCGACAGCAGAAACCACCAGACAGUUUCUGAUGUCGGACAAACCUCUACACCUGGAGGCCUCUCUGGACAAGGAGAUCUAUUACCACGGUGAACCCAUCAGCGUCAACGUCCACGUCACCAACAACACCAACAAGACGGUGAAGAAGAUGAAGAUCUCAGUGCGACAGUACGCAGACAUCUGCCUGUUCAACACGGCCCAGUACAAAUGCCCGGUCGCCACCGAGGAGUCCGAUGACGUCGUGGCUCCCAGCUCCACCUUCUGCAAAGUCUUCACUCUGACUCCGUUCCUGGCCAACAACCGGGAGAAGCGAGGUCUGGCUCUGGACGGGAAGCUGAAGCACGAAGACACCAACUUGGCCUCCAGCACUCUCUUGAGAGAAGGAGCCAAUAAGGAGAUCCUCGGCAUCAUCGUGUCCUACAAGGUCAAAGUGAAGCUGGUGGUGUCUCGAGGCGGGCUCCUGGGAGACCUGGCGGCCAGCGACGUCUCAGUGGAGCUGCCGUUCACACUGAUGCACCCGAAGCCCUUAGAAGAGUCCAUCUACAGAGACGCUCCAGAUGAAGCUCCGAUCGACACAAACCUGAUCGAGUUUGACACACACGACGAUGACAUCAUCUUUGAAGACUUCGCCCGGCAGCGGCUGAUUGGUGCGAAAGACGACAAGGACGAAGACGAGGAACCGGUGGAUUCGCCCAAACUCAACGACAGAUAA